GGACGUCUUCCUGAGGAACGUCGAGGAGAUCACGCGGAAGCAGAUCAAGGUCGCGGAGCUCUGGCACGACGAGAUCAGCGAGAUCACGGGCCCGACGAAGCGCGUCGUCCUCGAGCGGCGCGUCGCGCGCCUCGCGGAGUUCGAGCGCGCGUCGCACCACGGGCCCGUCGCGUCCUACAUCUACGACACGUCCGUCGAGCGCCACUGCGUCGCGAACGAGGACGGCAGCGACGACGAGGCGCCGGGCUGGAAGCCCUACCUCGGGGCCAUCCUCGGGCUCUUGGUGCUGUGCGGCAUCCAGGUCUUCUACCUGCUGCAGCAGGCGACGAUCAUGGGCAACGGCAAGACGAAGAUCUGGAUCAAGCAGGUCGCCAUCGGGGCGGUGCUGUUCUACGGCAUCAUCCUGCCCCUGGAGAUUGUGUUCUUCUUUAUAUUCAUCCCGUCGCUCCUCGCGGAGCACGUCAAGCGCUUCGGCGACAUCUCCAAGGUCAAGCGCCACCCGGAGCUCCAGAGCUCGCGCAUCGCCCAGCACGCGCUGGGCUCGCUCGCCGCCGACGCGAGCGACGAGGACAUCGUCAAGGAGCUCGGCGACAUCUACCACGACACGGUCUGGGCGCCGUCGCCGCGCACGCGGCUCCUGCUCUUCGGCUUCGGCAUAUUCAUGCUGGUGCCCGACAUCUUCCAGGAGCUCAUCUUCGAGGAGAUCUUCACGCUGUGCCCGCUCGCGACGGGCGUCAUGUUCAACUACGAUUUCAUACCGGGCGGCCUCAACUCCGAGAACCGCCGCGGCGGCUCUCUGGACGAAGUGUUUCUCAUGAUUACCAUCGUCAUCUUUUUGCUCGUCUGCUUCUACAUCGGCAAAGCGUUCUUCUUCGGCCUCGACUCGGCCUACGCGAUCGCCAAACUCGAGAUCAAGCGCCUCCGGCACACGCUCUUCACGCUACAGCUGGACGCGGUCGCCGUGAAGAACUACCAGUUCGAGUGGGUCCUGAGCAAGGAGGAGGCGGGCGAGCUAGAGCUGCGGCCCUUCUACCAGCGUGGCUUCAAGUGGACGCAGAAGCAGUCGUCCCUGUGGAUCGAGAGCAUCCUGCGGGGCUACCCCUGCCUCCCGGAGAUCGUGCUGCUCGACACGGAAGACGGCUACGCGGUCUUCGACGGCCAGCAGCGGCUCUCGAGCGCCAAGCUCUUCAUCAAGGGCGAGCGGGCGCCGGAAUGGAAGAAGACGGUCGCACAGAGGAAGGCCGGCACGCACGAGACGUUCGCGCUCGAGAACCUGCCCAUCCUCAAGGACCUCGAGGGCAAGACGUUCAAGGACCUCGACAGGAAGCAGCAGAAGCAGAUCAAGGAGCGCUACGACCUCCGCUGCGCCGUCAUCCCGGAGUCGUGGUCCAUGCACGAUUACCUGGACUUCUUCAAGCGCAUCCAGGGCGGCGGCACGCCGAUGACGGACCAGGAGCUGCGGCGAGCCAUCUCGCGCGGCCCCUUCACCACGCUGCUCGACGGCCUUGCCGACGGCGGGGGCGAGACCAGCCGGCGCCUUGCGCUGGCGCUCGGCGAGGCCGCGCUCCAGAGGGACGAGAAGCAGGAGCUCCUGCUCCGCUACUUUGCGCUCCAGUGCAACGGGCCGAAGAACUUUGGCAAACCCAGCAUGAAGCAGCACGCGCUCGAACUCAUGAAGCGCCUCAACAAAGGCGAGGACGACGAGCGCCUCGGCGAUUGGAAGCGAGGCCUCGACGCCGCGCUCGAGGUGUCCCUUCUCGUCUUCCCCGACCCCAAGGAGCGCUUCCGGCGCGCGGCCUUUGGCGGCGGCGCGGACUCGCGCUUCGGCGCGAGCGUCCACAAGGCGAUCUGGGACGCCGCCCUCUACUGCCUGAGCAAACCGGAGCACAAGGCGGCGCUGGUCGAGAGGGCCUCGGAGGUCCGAGCGGCCUUCGUCGACCUGAUGCAGGGGCACCCGGCUUUCGAGAAGGUGCAGAUCAGGGGCACCGAGGCGCGCGUCGCUGCCUUCGAGGACGCCAUCCAGAAGCUCCUCGCGGGCCACCGCGGAGGGCCCGUUCCGCGGGACAUGCGCUCGAGGAUGAUUGCCGCGGCGCGCCGAGAGAAGGCCGCGUGCGCGCUCUGCGGGGAGGCCCUCGGCCCGUCGGACGACCUCCUGCAUAUCGACCACAUCGUGCCUCUCGCCCGCGGUGGCCGCACGGAGCCGUCGAACCUGCAGGUCGUCCACAGGGUCGCCGCGCUUUGCGAGAGCAUGCCGACGACCGUCGGCUUCGGGGCCCACGGGAGCUAUGCGGGCUUGCAGAAGAUCGCCGUCUGGACGGACGAGGGCCCCGAGCGCGCGAAGCGCGAGAAGGCCCUGGGCUGGUUCAAUCGGACGCUGGAGACGUCCAAGGCCGAGAAGGCGCGGUUCGCCAAGAUGGUGGACCGGCUCAUGCACCGGUCGCGCACGGCGAACACGGCGGCGGAGGCGCAGCGGUGCCUCGACGAGCUCGAGGUCGCGCUCUACUCGCUGCCCGACGGGAGCCGCGACGCCGACGGCGAGCUCUACCACGCGACGCAGGUCGCGUACUCGGCCGAGGAGGCGCGCGAGGAGCGGCGGCGCCUGCGCCUCGAGAUCGACCACCUGCGCGAGUUCCUCACGCCGGGCUUCGAGGUGAAGUUCAAGACCGCGUCCUGCUACGAGGCGCCGCAGCGCGUCCUCUACUCGCGCGACGUCGCCGCGCGGCAGCGGCGCGAGGACCGCGCGUCGCGCGAGGAGACGCUGCGCUGGAAGAAGGAGGAGGAGCGCACGGCGGACCGCAUGGACGACGCCCUGCAGCGCGACGCCGUCGGCGCCGUGGGCGAGCACCGCUCCGUCGUCGCCGACGGCCGGCGGGCGCGGUCGGCGUUCGUCGCGGCGGCGAACCUCGCGGCGCGGCGCGUCGACGCCGUCGCCGCGCGCGGCGAGGACUGGGUCUACGACACCUGCGCGCCCGUGCGCGCCCACUCCUGCAAGGCCAACGUCGAGUCCUUCGAUUGGAUCAAGGACCGGCGGCCGGACGACGCGGGCUACGCGCUCCAGGCGCGGGGCCACCGGUCGAACGCGCCCCAGCUGCGGCGCCUGGGGCCCCGGCGGCGCGGGCCCGUGCCGCCGCGCCGCGAGGCGCCGACGCACCUCGGCCUCGGCGACGCGCUCCGCGACGACGACCGCUUCGCGGCGCCCGCGCCCAAGCCCGCGGCCCAGGACUGCACGGUGGUGACGCGCUUCCGCCGCAAGCCCGCGACCUGGUCCGACGAGAUCGACGACGACGACUCGUCCGAGGGGUCGCAGGACGGCGACAACCGCGUCCACGUGGAGUACUACACGCACGAGGACCGCGUCUGGCGGCCCGCGGUGCUGGUCAUCCACGCGGGCGCGCACGGCGUCCGCGUGUACCUGCGCACGGAGGGCGGCGAGGUCCGCAUCGCGCUCGGCGACGACUGGUCGCGAGAGGUCGUCGACGCGCGCGCGGGCGACGGCGCGCGCGCGGCCUUCGUCGUGCGGGCCGGCGACGAGACGACGGUCGUGCGCGCGCGCGACGGCAACGCGACGCUCCGCGUCUUCGCGCGGCUCAACGCCGUGCGCAUCGACGCGAUCCGCGCGAAGCACGCCGUCGCGCUCGAGGGCAGGAAAAGGGUCGCGCUCGAGGACGUCGAGCGGUCCGUCGAGGAGGCCCAGGACUACUCGCUCCAGGCGGCGGCGCGCACGGGCGACAGGGCGCGCGUCGCGUGGAUGCGCCACGUCUUCGUCUCCGGCGCGUCGCGCUACAACCGCGACUGCUACGGCCGCGCGCUGCUCCGCUGGGCGCUCGCCGCGGGCGUGACCGUGACGUCGACGAACACGAACCUGCCCGAGCUCAACCCGGCGUCGCACCGGGAGAAGCGGCGCGCGGCGGCCGUGAAGCGCUUCGCGAGCGUCGUCGACGGCUGGACCCUCAAGAUCAUCCAGCGCCUCUUCGGCCGCUGGCGCACGCGCGCGGAGGUGUCGACGUCCGCCGCGCGGCGCGACGCGGACCACGUCCAGUCGCUCCGCGAGGCCGUCGACUACACGCACCGGGUCAUGGCCAAGCAGGCGUCCGCGGCCAUCGUCCGCCGCGCGCUGCAGCGCUACGGCGGCAAGGCGAAGAUGGCCCGCGCGUGGACGCGGUGGAACCGGCGCCUCGGCGAGAAGUCGCUCGACGAGGGCGCCGCGGCCCACGCGCGGCGCCUCGCGGAGCUGGAGGCCGAGCUCAAGGCGUCGCACGCCGAGGAGCUCGCCGCGCGCGACGCGGCCCACGACCGGGACUUGCAGGACACGCUCCGCGGCUUCGAGGACACGCGGCGACCGGGGCAGGACAAGAGUGCGACAUUCCCAACGCGGCUGCGGCUCGCGGAGCAGCACGCGUCCGAGCUCGACGAGUGGCGCGCGGCCGCGCGGCGCGCGACGGCGCACGAGGGCGAGCUCGAGGACGAGCUCGCGCGGCGCCAGGCGGACGCGGACGCGCGCGUCGCGGAUUUGGAGCGGCGCCUCGCGGCGGACCGCGACCGGGACGUCGCGCGCGCCGAGGCCGAGGCCGAGGCGCGCCGCGAGGCCGCGCUCGCCGCCGCGGCGCGGGACCACGCGGCCGAGCUGGCCGCCGCGCGCGACCGCGACGGCGAGCGCCACCGCGAGGCUUUGGACGCCGCCGUCGAGGACGCCGCGAGGCGCUCCGCGGCGGACAUGGAGGCCGCCGUGCGGUCGCGCGACGCGGCGCUCCGCGAGGAGACGGGCGCGGUCGUCGCGCGCGUCGAGGCGGCGCACGCGGCGGCGCUCGAGGCGCGGGACGCGUCGCACGGCGACGCGAAGCGCGCGCUCGCCGACGGCCACGCGGCGGCCGUCGCGCUCGAGGACGUCGAGCGGUCCGUCGAGGAGGCCCAGGACUACUCGCUCCAGGCGGCGGCGCGCACGGGCGACAGGGCGCGCGUCGCGUGGAUGCGCCACGUCUUCGUCUCCGGCGCGUCGCGCUACAACCGCGACUGCUACGGCCGCGCGCUGCUCCGCUGGGCGCUCGCCGCGGGCGUGACCGUGACGUCGACGAACACGAACCUGCCCGAGCUCAACCCGGCGUCGCACCGGGAGAAGCGGCGCGCGGCGGCCGUGAAGCGCUUCGCGAGCGUCGUCGACGGCUGGACCCUCAAGAUCAUCCAGCGCCUCUUCGGCCGCUGGCGCACGCGCGCGGAGGUGUCGACGUCCGCCGCGCGGCGCGACGCGGACCACGUCCAGUCGCUCCGCGAGGCCGUCGACUACACGCACCGGGUCAUGGCCAAGCAGGCGUCCGCGGCCAUCGUCCGCCGCGCGCUGCAGCGCUACGGCGGCAAGGCGAAGAUGGCCCGCGCGUGGACGCGGUGGAACCGGCGCCUCGGCGAGAAGUCGCUCGACGAGGGCGCCGCGGCCCACGCGCGGCGCCUCGCGGAGCUCGAGGCCGAGCUCAAGGCGUCGCACGCCGAGGAGCUCGCCGCGCGCGACGCGGCCCACGACCGGGACUUGCAGGACACGCUCCGCGGCUUCGAGGACACGCGGUUGCGGCUCGCGGAGCAGCACGCGUCCGAGCUCGACGAGUGGCGCGCGGCCGCGCGGCGCGCGACGGCGCACGAGGGCGAGCUCGAGGACGAGCUCGCGCGGCGCCAGGCGGACGCGGACGCGCGCGUCGCGGAUUUGGAGCGGCGCCUCGCGGCGGACCGCGACCGGGACGUCGAGCGGGCCGCGGCGGCGCGGCGCCACUCGGACGCGCGCGCGGCGGACCUCGCCGCGGCGGCCGCGCGCGAGGCCGCGCUGGGCGGCGCGGCCGCCGAGGAGCGGCGCCAGCUCGAGCGGCGCCUCGAGGACCGCCACGCGGGGGAUCUGUGGGCCAAGGACACGGCGCACGACGACAGCCUCCGCGAGGCCGUGCGCGUCCACGAGGCCGAGCGGGCGGAGCGCGCGAUCUUGCACGAGCGCGCCGUCGCGGACGCGCGGGCCGAGACGUCGCGCGAGAAGGACCGCGAGCUCGAGAUGACCCUCGAGGAGCUGCGCGAGUCGCACGCGGCGGACGUCGCGCUCGCGGUCGCGGAGCGCGAGGACGCGCUCCGCGGCGACUUCGCCGCGCGCGAGGAGGCCCUCGAGCUCGAGCACCAGGACGCGGCGGCGGCGCUCGCCGCGCGCCACGAGAACGCGGCGCGCGUCGGCCUCGAGGCCGAGCGCGCGGAGACGCGCGGCCGCGCGGCGAGCCACGAGCGGUCGCUCGACGCGCUCCGCGCGACGCACGACGCGGCGCUCGCGGCCCAGCGCUCCGCCCACGACGCGUCGCGCGAGGCGGCGUCGCGCGAGGCGGCGGCUGCGGCGUCCGCCGCGGCCGCGCACGACGCCGCGUUCGCGCGCGCCGUCGACGCCCACGAGGCCCAGCUCCGGAGCGAGCGCGACCGCCACGCGGCGGAGCUGAGCGACGCGGCGCGCGAGUACGGCGAGGCCGUCAAGCAGACCCUCGCGGACGUCGACGUCGAGCACGCGGCGGCCGUCGCGGCCGCGGACGCGCGCGCGGCCGCCGCGGCGGACGCCGCGCGCGCCGAGGUCCGCGACGCGACGCGCGCGGCCGCGCUCGGCCUCGCGGCGACGACCGUCGCGCGCUGGGCCAAGCACCGGCGCCACAUGGCCUUCAAGACCUGGCUCGAGCGCGCGUCGCUCGCGCGCGCCGUCGCGUCCCGACGAACCCACGAGGCCGCCGUCGAGGAGACGGUCGCACGACACGAGGACGCGGUCGCCGCGCAGCGACGAACCCACGAGGCAACCGUCGAGGAGACGGUCGCGCGACACGAGGAACAGCUCGCGGCCCAGCAGCGCAAGCACGAGGCCGACCUCCAGUCGGCGACGGCGACCCUCGAGGUCGACAAGGACCGCGAGCAUUCGUCGCGGCUGACCGACGCCAUGAGGAGUCGCGACGACGCCCACGCCAAGGAACGCCAGGACCUGGAAGCGAGCCUCGCGGAGCGUCACAAGAACGAGCUCGCGGCUCGGGAUGCCGCCCACGCCGAGGCGGUUGCGGGGCUCCAGUCGCAGCACGACAGCAAGGUCGCGUCGAUGCAGGAAGGCCACGCGGCCACUCUCGCGUCGGCCACCGAGAUGCUCGCUCUGGAGAAGGAUCACGAUCACAGCAGCGCGCUCGUGUCGGCGCUCCGAGCCCGCGACGACGAGCACGCCAAAGCGAUGGACUCGCGCGAGAAGGAGCUCGCCGACAAGCACGCCGCGGCGCUCGCGGAGCAAAAGUCGUCGCUGUCCCAGUCGCACGAAGACACCGUCGGGGAGACGGUGGCUCGGCACGAGGACGCGAUGGCGACGCAGCAGCGCAAGCACGAGGCGGAGCUCGAGUCCGCGCUGUCGGCCCUCGAUGCCGACAAGGAACGCGAGCACGCCCAAAAGCUCGCGGAGCGACGACACGAAGAGCAGCGAGCGUCGACGGAAUCGAGGCACGCGGCCGAGCUGGCGAGCGCCGUGGAGUCGGCCGCCGCGGAGAAGGACCAGGAGCGCACGGCCCAGCUCAAGGAGAAAGCCAGCGAUCACGCGGCGGCCCUCAAGGCGCGCGAGGACGAGCUCGUCGCCGCGCACGAGGCCGAGCUGAAAGAUCGGGCCGAAAAGCACGCGGCGGAGCUCGAGCAAGCCCAGCAGGCGCACCAGCAGCAGCAGGACGUGCUUCGAGCGAAGCACGAUACCGAGCUCGCGUCGGCGACGGAGAUGCUCGCGCUCGAGAAGGACCACGACCACAGUUCAGCGCUCGUGUCCGCGCUGCGCGCUCGGGACGACGAGCACGCCGCGGCGAUGGAGAGUCGCGAGAAGGAACUCGUCGAGAGACACGCCGCGGCGCUCGCCGAGCAAAAGGCGUCGCUGUCCAAGUCGCACGAGGACACCGUUGGGGAGACGGUGGCCCGGCACGAGGACGCGAUCGCCGCGCAAAGAAGAACGCACGAGACGGCCGUCGGGGAGACGGCCGCUCGGCACGAGGAACAGCUCGCGGCCCAGCAGCGCAAGCACGAGGCCGACCUCCAGUCAACCACCGCCGCUCUCGAGGUCGACAAGGACCGCGAGCAUUCGUCGCGGCUGACCGACGCCCGAGCGUCGACGGAAUCGAGGCACGCGGCCGAGCUGGCGAGCGCCGUGGAGUCGGCCGCCGCGGAGAAGGACCAGGAGCGCACGGUCCAGCUCAAGGAGAAAGCCAGCGAUCACGCGGCGGCCCUCAAGGCGCGCGAGGACGAGCUCGUCGCCGCGCACGAGGCCGAGCUGAAAGAUCGGGCCGAAAAGCACGCGGCGGAGCUCGAGCAAGCCCAGCAGGCGCACCAGCAGCAGCAGGACGUGCUUCGAGCGAAGCACGAUACCGAGCUCGCGUCGGCGACGGAGAUGCUCGCGCUCGAGAAGGACCACGACCACAGUUCAGCGCUCGUGUCCGCGCUGCGCGCUCGGGACGACGAGCACGCCGCGGCGAUGGAGAGUCGCGAGAAGGAACUCGUCGAGAGACACGCCGCGGCGCUCGCCGAGCAAAAGGCGUCGCUGUCCAAGUCGCACGAGGACACCGUUGGGGAGACGGUGGCCCGGCACGAGGACGCGAUCGCCGCGCAAAGAAGAACUCACGAGACGGCCGUCGGGGAGACGGCAGCUCGGCAUGAGGAUGCCAUGGCCACGCAGCAGCGCAAACAUGAGACGGAGCUCCAGUCGGCAACGGCUACCCUCGGGGUCGAUAAGGACCGCGAGCGCCUCGAGGCCAUCCGUGAACGGGACGCGGCCCACGCCAAGGAGCUCCAGGAUCUCGAAGCGAGCUUUAACGAGCGAACCAAGAGUGAGCUCAGCGCCCGGGAUGCCGCCCACGGCGAAGCACUCGCGGCACUACAGACCCAACACGACACGAAGGUCGGCACCAUGCAGGACAAUCACGCGACUUCGCUCGCGUCCGCGAUGGAGAUGAUGGCUCUUGAAAAGGACCACGAUCACAGCUCGGCGCUCGUGUCCGCGCUCCGCGCCCGCGACGACGAGCACGCCACCGCCAUGGAGGCCCGCGAGAAGGAGCUCGCCGAGAAACACGCCGCGGCGCUCGCGGAGCAGCGUUCCGCCAUGGCGUCGAGCAGCGAGAGCUCUCUCAGGGAGACCGUGGCGCGGCACGAGGAUGCGAUGGCGACGCAGCAGCGCAAGCACGAGGCCGAGAUGCGAUCCGCGACCGAGGCGCUCCACGUCGAGAAGGACCGCGAGCACUCGGCGCGGCUCACGGCCGCGCUCCGCGAGCGCGACGAGGCGCACGCCGCGGAGCGCGAGGCCGACCGCGACGCGCAGGCGAAGCGGCACGCCGCGGAGCUCCAGCGCAGCUCCGAGGACUACGAGAAGCGCACCGUCGCCCUGGUCGACGCGCACCAGCAGGAGCUGGGCCUCUCCGCGGAGUCGCACCGGACGAUGCUCUCGCAGGCCGCGCACGAGUACGACGCCGCCGUCAAGGCGACGCUCCAGCAGAAGGACGAGGCGCACUCGAAGCUCGUCGCCGACCUGGAGGCGUCCCUCGCGCUCGCCGCGGACGCCAAGGUCGGCGCGCUGCGCGACGAGCUCAAGUCCGUGAAGCUCGGCGCGGGGGUCGCGCUCGCGGGGCAGGUCGCGGGCCGCGGCGCGCGGCACCGCGUCGCCGCCCUCGAAUACGACACCGCGGUGAAAGCGACGCUCAUCGAAAAGGACGAGGCGCACGCGGAGCGGCUCCUCGAGAUGGAAUCGGCCGCGUCGUCUCAGCUCGUCGACGUGAGCCAACAACUCCACGACACGCGGAAGAACGCGGGCGCAAGCCUGGCCGCGGGCAUCUUGUCUCGGCGGUCGAAGCUCGGCGUCCUUCGGGCGUUCCACCAGUGGAGCACCGACUCGCGGGAGCACCAGCAGCGCUCCCGGGAGAAGCGGCAGCACGCCGACGCGCUCAACGAGGCCGUGAGCUACACCCAGGAGUCCCUGAGCAAGAUUCACGGCGUCACCUGCAUGUCGCGCGCGCUCGACCGGCUCCAGCACGCGUCGCUCUUCCGCGCGUGGUCCAAGUGGAGCGGAUCGCUCCGAGCCCGCGACCACGCGGCGCGGCUCGACUCGCUGCGGAGCGAGGGGGACGCCGCGCAGCAGCUGCUCGUCGAGAAACACGACGCCUCGAUCCAGCAGAAGGAUCAAGAGUUCGCCGCGGCCCUCAAGGCGCGCGAGGACGAGCUCGUCGCCACGCACGAGGCCGAGCUGAAAGAUCGGGCCGAAAAGCACGCGGCGGAGCUCGAGCAAGCCCAGCAGGCGCACCAGCAGCAGCAGGACGUGCUUCGAGCGAAGCACGAUACCGAGCUCGCGUCGGCGACGGAGAUGCUCGCGCUCGAGAAGGACCACGACCACAGUUCAGCGCUCGUGUCCGCGCUGCGCGCUCGGGACGACGAGCACGCCGCGGCGAUGGAGAGUCGCGAGAAGGAACUCGUCGAGAGACACGCCGCGGCGCUCGCCGAGCAAAAGGCGUCGCUGUCCAAGUCGCACGAGGACGUCCUGGGCGAGGCCGCGUCUCGACACGAGGACGCCAUCGCCGCGCAGCGACGAACCCACGAGGCCGCCGUCGGGGAGACGGCGGCCCGGCACGAGGACGCCAUCGCCGCGCAGCGACGAACCCACGAGGCCGCCGUCGAGGAGACGGUCGCGCGACACGAGGAACAGCUCGCGGCCCAGCAGCGCAAGCACGAGGCCGACCUCCAGUCGGCGACGGCGACCCUCGAGGUCGACAAGGACCGCGAGCACUCGUCGCGGCUGACCGACGCCAUGAGGAGUCGCGACGACGCCCACGCCAAGGAACGCCAGGACCUGGAAGCGAGCCUCGCGGAGCGUCACAAGAACGAGCUCGCGGCCCGGGACGCGGCCCACGCCGAGGCGGUUGCGGGGCUCCAGUCGCAGCACGACAGCAAGGUCGCGUCGAUGCAGGAAGGCCACGCGGCCACUCUCGCGUCGGCCACCGAGAUGCUCGCGCUCGAGAAGGACCACGACCACAGUUCAGCGCUCGUGUCGGCGCUCCGAGCCCGCGACGACGAGCACGCGAAAGCGAUGGACUCGCGCGAGAAGGAGCUCGCCGAGAAGCACGCCGCAGCGCUCGCCGAGCAAAAGUCGUCGCUGUCCCAGUCGCACGAAGACACCGCAACCGUCGAGGAGACGGUCGCGCGACACGAGGAGCAGCUCGCGGCCCAGCAGCGCAAGCACGAGGCCGACCUCCAGUCGGCGACGGCGACACUCGAGGUCGACAAGGACCGCGAGCACUCGUCGCGGCUGACCGACGCCAUGAGGAGUCGCGACGACGCCCACGCCAAGGAACGCCAGGACCUGGAAGCGAGCCUCGCGGAGCGUCACAAGAACGAGCUCGCGGCCCGGGACGCGGCCCACGCCGAGGCAGUUGCGGGGCUCCAGUCGCAGCACGACAGCAAGGUCGCGUCGAUGCAGGAAGGCCACGCGGCCACUCUCGCGUCGGCCACCGAGAUGCUCGCUCUGGAGAAGGAUCACGAUCACAGCAGCGCGCUCGUGUCGGCGCUCCGAGCCCGCGACGACGAGCACGCGAAAGCGAUGGAGGGUCGCGAGAAGGAGCUCGCCGAGAAGCACGCCGCAGCGCUCGCCGAGCAAAAGGCGUCGCUGUCCGGCGCCCACGAGAGUAGUCACGCGGAAACCGCCGCGCGACACGAGGACGCGAUGGCGACGCUGCAGCGCAAGCACGAGACGGAGCUCCAGUCCGCGACGGCUACCCUCGAGGUCGACAAGGACCGCGAGCGCCUCGAGGCCGUCCGUGAACGUGACGCGGCCCACGCCAAGGAGCUCCAGGACCUCGAAGCGAGCUUCGUCAAGAAAACUAAGAGCGAACUCGAGGCUCGAGAUGCCGCGCACACCGAGGCGCUCGCGGAGUUGCAGGUGCAGCACGAUACGAAGGUCGGCACCAUGCAGGACGGCCACGCGGCUUCGCUGGCAUCGGCGACGGAGAUGCUCGCGCUCGAGAAGGACCACGAUCACAGCUCGGCGCUCGUGUCCGCGCUCCGCGCUCGCGACGACGAGCACGCCACCGCCAUGGAGGCCCGCGAGAAGGAGCUCGCCGAGAAACACGCCGCGGCACUGUCCGACUUGCAAGAGAGACACAAGAGCGACCUCAGUUACCUCAAGGAGAAUCACGAAGGGGAACUCGCCACGGCCGUCGAGUCGGCGGCGUCGGAGAAGGAUCGCCACAUGCGGUCCGCGCUCACCGCGCAGAGCCAGGAGCACGACACCGCGCUCGCUCGAGCCAUCGCCGAGCGCGAGGCGGAGCUCAAGGCCCUCCACGAGACCGAGCUCGACGCGCGAGCCGAAAUUCACGCGUCCGAGCUCGAUGAGCAAAGGGCCGCGAUGGAGUCCGCGACGAGGACCACCGUCGAAGAUAUUCACGCGAACCACGAACGCGCGAUCGACGCGAUCAACCUGGAGCACGCGUCCAAGCUCGAAGCCGCCGCGUCGUCGCUCGCGGCCGCGGCCGAAGAGGCCCGCGCGCACGACGCGGAGACGCACCGGGCCGCGCUGGCGUCCGAGCAGGAGCGGCACCAGGAGAUGCUCUCCCAGGCCGCCCACGAGUACGACGCGGCGGUCAAGGCGACGCUGAGCGAGAAGGACGAAGAGCACGCCAGGCUCCUCGCGGACGCGGAGUCGAGCCUCUCCGCUUCGGCCGCGUCCCAGCUGCGGGAGGCGGACGAGAGCCGGCGCCUCAUGGCGCUUCGCGCGGCGUCGACGAUGGCGGACAGCGUCCUGACUCGAGGCUCGAAGCACGGCGUCCUCCGGAGCUUCCGCGUCUGGGCGCUGUACUCUCGUCUGUCGGGGGCCGCGGCGUCCAAGGACGCCGACCACGACACGGCGCUGCGCUCCGCGGUCACGCAGACGCGCAAGGCGUUGAUGCGUGCGGGCGGCAUGAACGCCAUGGCCAAGGCCGCGAACCACCUCCUCCGCUACCGACGGCAUCGCGCCUGGGCCCGGCAGCAGCAGGACAUGCUUCGAUCCAAGCACGAGACCGAGCUCGCGUCGGCGACGGAGAUGCUCGCGCUCGAGAAGGACCACGACCACAGUUCGGCGCUCGUGUCCGCGCUGCGGUCCCGGGACGACGAACACGCCACGGCGAUGGACUCGCGCGAGAAGGAGCUCGCCGAGAGGCACGCGGCGGCGCUCGCCGAACAGAAGUCGUCGCUGUCGAGCGCGCACGAGAGCGCUCACGAAGAAACGGUCGCCCGGCACGAGGACGCCGUGGCGACGCUGCGGCGCAAGCACGAAGCCGACCUCGAAUCCGCGACGGGCGCUCUGGGCGUCGAUAAGGACCGCGAGCGCCUCGAGGCCGUCCGGGAACGCGAAACGGCCCACGCCAAGGACCUCCAGGACUUGGAAGCGAGCUUCGUCGAGCGGACCAAGAGCGAGCUUCAGGCCCGGGACGCGGCCCACGCCGAGGCCCUCGCGGGACUCCAGUCGCAGCACGACGCCAAGGUCGGCACCAUGCAGGACGGUCACGCGGCCGCGCUCGCGUCCGCGACCGAGAUGUUGGCUCUGGAAAAGGACCACGACCACAGUGCUGCGCUCGCAGUUGCGGGGCUCCAGUCGCAGCACGACAGCAAGGUCGCGUCGAUGCAGGAAGGCCACGCGGCCACUCUCGCGUCGGCGACCGAGAUGCUCGCUCUGGAGAAGGACCACGAUCAUAGCAGCGCGCUCGUGGCUGCUCUCCGCGCCCGCGACGACGAGCACGCGAAAGCGAUGGAGGGUCGCGAGAAGGAGCUCGCCGAGAAGCACGCCGCAGCGCUCGCCGAGCAAAAGGCGUCGCUGUCCGGCGCCCACGAGAGUAGUCACGCGGAAACCGCCGCGCGACACGAGGACGCCAUGGCGACGCUGCAGCGCAAGCACGAGACGGAGCUCCAGUCCGCGACGGCUACCCUCGAGGUCGACAAGGACCGCGAGCGCCUCGAGGCCGUCCGUGAACGUGACGCGGCCCACGCCAAGGAGCUCCAGGACCUCGAAGCGAGCUUCGUCGAGCGGACCCGGAGCGAACUCGAGGCUCGAGAUGCCGCGCACACGAAGGCGCUCGCGGAGUUGCAGAUGCAGCACGAGAACAAAGUCACAUCAAUGCAGGACGGCCACGCGGCUUCGCUGGCAUCGGCGACGGAGAUGCUCGCGCUCGAGAAGGACCACGAUCACAGCUCGGCGCUCGUGUCCGCGCUCCGCGCUCGCGACGACGAACACGCCACCGCCAUGGAGGCCCGCGAGAAGGAGUUCGCCGAGAAACACGCCGCGGCACUGUCCGACUUGCAAGAGAGACACAAGAGCGACCUCAGCUACCUCAAGGAGAAUCACGAAGGGGAACUCGCCACCGCCGUCGAGUCGGCGGCGUCGGAGAAGGAUCGCCACAUGCGGUCUGCGCUCACCGCGCAGAGCCAGGAGCACGACACCGCGCUCGCUCGAGCCAUCGCCGAGCGCGAGGCGGAGCUCAAGGCCCUCCACGAGACCGAGCUCGACGCGCGAGCCGAUGAGACGCACCGGGCCGAGCUGGCGGCCGAGCAGGAACGGCACCAGGAGAUGCUCUCCCAGGCCGCCCACGAGUACGACGCGGCGGUCAAGGCGACGCUGAGCGAGAAGGACGAAGAGCACGCCAAGCUCCUCGCGGACGCGGAGUCGAGCCUCUCCGCUUCGGCCGCGUCCCAGCUGCGGGAGGCGGACGAGAGCCGGCGCCUCAUGGCGCUUCGCGCGGCGUCGACGAUGGCAGACAGCGUCCUGACUCGAGGCUCGAAGCACGGCGUCCUCCGGAGCUUCCGCGUCUGGGCACUGUACUCUCGUCUGUCGGGGGCCGCGGCGUCCAAGGACGUCGACCACGACGUCGCCUUGCGCUCCGCGGUCACGCAGACGCGCAAGGCGUUGAUGCGGGCGGGCGGCAUGAACGCCAUGGCCAAGGCCGCGAACCACCUCUUCCGCUACCGACGGCAUCGCGCCUGGACCCGAUGGCGCGAGGCGACUUUCGCUCACAGGGACCAGGAGGCACAGCGGUCCUUGGCCGACUCGCACGAAAAGGACCGCGCCGCCGCGAGAAGCGAGCAUACUAUGGCUCUCGCCGACGCGGUCAAUACAGCCGAGACCGAGAAGGAGCGACAGCAUGCGGCGGCGCUGGAGGCUGUGCUGAAGCAGAAAGAGGAAGAGCUCGCCGCGGCCCUCAAGGCUCAGACCGACGCUUUCGAAGCGGAGCUCGAAUCGCGCGAAGCCGAGAUCCUCGCGAAGCACAAGGCCGCCUUGAAGGAGCAAGCGGACCGACAGGCCGCGGAGAUCGACGAGGCUCUGGCGGCUCACAGGCAGCAGCAGGAUAUGCUUCGAUCCAAGCACGAGACCGAGCUUGCGUCGGCGACGGAGAUGCUCGCGCUCGAAAAGGAUCACGACCACAGCGCAGCGCUCGUGUCCGCGCUGCGGUCCCGGGACGACGAACACGCCGCGGCGAUGGACUCGCGCGAGAAGGAGCUCGCCGAGAAGCACGCGGCGGCGCUCGCCGAACAAAAGUCGUCGCUGUCGAGCGCCCACGAGGCCGCGUUGGCGGAGGUUCACGGCCAGCACGCCGAACAACUCGCGGCCCAGCAACGCAAGCACGAGGCCGACCUCCAGUCGGCGACGGCGACCCUCGAGGUCGACAAGGACCGCGAGCACUCGUCGCGGCUGACCGACGCCAUGAGGAGCCGCGACGACGCCCACGCGAAGGAACGCCAGGACCUGGAAGCGAGCCUCGCGGAGCGUCACAAGAACGAGCUCGCGGCCCGGGACGCCGCCCACGCCGAGGCGGUCGCGGGGCUCCAGUCGCAGCACGACAGCAAGGUCGCGUCGAUGCAGGAAGGCCACGCGGCCACUCUCGCGUCGGCCACCGAGAUGCUCGCGCUCGAGAAGGACCACAGCCACAGCUCAGCCCUCGCUGCGGCCCUUCGCGCCCGCGACGACGAGCACGCCAGCGCCAUGGAGAGUCGCGAGACGGAGCUCGCCGAGAAGCACGCCGCGGCGCUCUCGGACCUGCGGUCGUCGUUGGCCGCCGCGCACGACGCCGCCGCCGCCGAGACCGCCAAGGACCACGAGGAGGAGCACGCGGCGCGACAGCGCAAGCACGAAGCGGAGCUCGCGUCGGCCACGGAGAUGCUCGCGCUCGAGAAGGACCACAGCCACAGCUCGGCGCUCGUCGCGGCGCUGCGCGCUCGGGACGACGAACACGCGAAAGCGACGGAGGACCGCGAGAAGCAGCUCGCCGACAAGCACGCGGCCGCGCUCGCCGAGCAGAGGCAGAUCCACGAGGCCGACGCGCAGUCCGUCGUCGAGGUGGCGAAGGCCGAAAAGGAUCGCGAGCACUCGACGAAGCUCGCGGCCGCGCUCCGGGAGCGCGACGAGGCCCACGCGAACGAGAGCGAGGCGCUCAAGUCCAGCCUGAAGGACUUGCAUCGGAGCGAGCUUGGCUCCCGAGACGCGGCGCACACCGACGCCGUCAACGAGAUCAACGACCGGCACAAGAGCGACCUCACGCAGCAGCAGGACAUGCUUCGAUCCAAGCACGAGACCGAGCUCGCGUCGGCGACGGAGAUGCUCGCGCUCGAGAAGGACCACGACCACAGUUCGGCGCUCGUGUCCGCGCUGCGGUCCCGGGACGACGAACACGCCGCGGCGAUGGACUCGCGCGAGAAGGAGCUCGCCGAGAAGCAUGCGGCGGCGCUCGCCGAACAAAAGUCGUCGCUGUCGAGCGCGCACGAGAGCGCUCACGAAGAAACGGUCGCCCGGCACGAGGACGCCGUGGCGACGCUGCGGCGCAAGCACGAAGCCGACCUCGAAUCCGCGACGGGCGCUCUGGGCGUCGAUAAGGACCGCGAGCGCCUCGAGGCCGUCCGGGAACGCGAAACGGCCCACGCCAAGGACCUCCAGGACUUGGAAGCGAGCUUCGUCGAGCGGACCAAGAGCGAGCUUCAGGCCCGGGACGCGGCCCACGCCGAGGCCCUCGCGGGACUCCAGUCGCAGCACGACGCCAAGGUCGGCACCAUGCAGGACGGUCACGCGGCCGCGCUCGCGUCCGCGACCGAGAUGUUGGCUCUGGAAAAGGACCACGACCACAGUGCUGCGCUCGUGUCCGCGCUCCGCGCCCGAGACGACGAGCACGCUGCGAUAUUGGAGGCUCGCGAGAAGGAGCUCGCCGAGAAACACGCCGCGGCGCUCGCCGAGCAAAAGACGUCGCUCUCCAGCGCCCAUGAGGCCACGCUGGCGGACGUGCAUGGCAAGCAUGAGGAGCAGACUUCUGCCCAGAAGCAAAAGCACGAGGCAACCGUCGAGGAGACGGUCGCGCGACACGAGGAGCAGCUCGCGGCCCAGCAGCGCAAGCACGAGGCCGACCUCCAGUCGGCGACGGCGACACUCGAGGUCGACAAGGACCGCGAGCACUCGUCGCGGCUGACCGACGCCAUGAGGAGUCGCGACGACGCCCACGCCAAGGAACGCCAGGACCUGGAAGCGAGCCUCGCGGAGCGUCACAAGAACGAGCUCGCGGCCCGGGACGCCGCCCACGCCGAGGCAGUUGCGGGGCUCCAGUCGCAGCACGACAGCAAGGUCGCGUCGAUGCAGGAAGGCCACGCGGCCACUCUCGCGUCGGCGACCGAGAUGCUCGCUCUGGAGAAGGACCACGAUCAUAGCAGCGCGCUCGUGGCUGCUCUCCGCGCCCGCGACGACGAGCACGCGAAAGCGAUGGAGGGUCGCGAGAAGGAGCUCGCCGAGAAGCAAGCGCUCGCCGAGCAAAAGGCGUCGCUGUCCGGCGCCCACGAGAGUAGUCACGCGGAAACCGCCGCGCGACACGAGGACGCCAUGGCGACGCUGCAGCGCAAGCACGAGACGGAGCUCCAGUCCGCGACGGCUACCCUCGAGGUCGACAAGGACCGCGAGCGCCUCGAGGCCGUCCGUGAACGUGACGCGGCCCACGCCAAGGAGCUCCAGGACCUCGAAGCGAGCUUCGUCGAGCGGACCCGGAGCGAACUCGAGGCUCGAGAUGCCGCGCACACGAAGGCGCUCGCGGAGUUGCAGAUGCAGCACGAGAACAAAGUCACAUCAAUGCAGGACGGCCACGCGGCUUCGCUGGCAUCGGCGACGGAGAUGCUCGCGCUCGAGAAGGACCACGAUCACAGCUCGGCGCUCGUGUCCGCGCUCCGCGCUCGCGACGACGAACACGCCACCGCCAUGGAGGCCCGCGAGAAGGAGUUCGCCGAGAAACACGCCGCGGCACUGUCCGACUUGCAAGAGAGACACAAGAGCGACCUCAGCUACCUCAAGGAGAAUCACGAAGGGGAACUCGCCACCGCCGUCGAGUCGGCGGCGUCGGAGAAGGAUCGCCACAUGCGGUCUGCGCUCACCGCGCAGAGCCAGGAGCACGACACCGCGCUCGCUCGAGCCAUCGCCGAGCGCGAGGCGGAGCUCAAGGCCCUCCACGAGACCGAGCUCGACGCGCGAGCCGAUGAGACGCACCGGGCCGAGCUGGCGGCCGAGCAGGAACGGCACCAGGAGAUGCUCUCCCAGGCCGCCCACGAGUACGACGCGGCGGUCAAGGCGACGCUGAGCGAGAAGGACGAAGAGCACGCCAAGCUCCUCGCGGACGCGGAGUCGAGCCUCUCCGCUUCGGCCGCGUCCCAGCUGCGGGAGGCGGACGAGAGCCGGCGCCUCAUGGCGCUUCGCGCGGCGUCGACGAUGGCAGACAGCGUCCUGACUCGAGGCUCGAAGCACGGCGUCCUCCGGAGCUUCCGCGUCUGGGCACUGUACUCUCGUCUGUCGGGGGCCGCGGCGUCCAAGGACGUCGACCACGACUCGGCCUUGCGCUCCGCGGUCACGCAGACGCGCAAGGCGUUGAUGCGGGCGGGCGGCAUGAACGCCAUGGCCAAGGCCGCGAACCACCUCUUCCGCUACCGACGGCAUCGCGCCUGGGCCCGGCAGCAGCAGGACAUGCUUCGAUCCAAGCACGAGACCGAGCUCGCGUCGGCGACGGAGAUGCUCGCGCUCGAGAAGGACCACGACCACAGUUCGGCGCUCGUGUCCGCGCUGCGGUCCCGGGACGACGAACACGCCGCGGCGAUGGACUCGCGCGAGAAGGAGCUCGCCGAGAGGCACGCGGCGGCGCUCGCCGAACAAAAGUCGUCGCUGUCGAGCGCGCACGAGAGCGCUCACGAAGAAACGGUCGCCCGGCACGAGGACGCCGUGGCGACGCUGCGGCGCAAGCACGAAGCCGACCUCGAAUCCGCGACGGGCGCUCUGGGCGUCGAUAAGGACCGCGAGCGCCUCGAGGCCGUCCGGGAACGCGAAACGGCCCACGCCAAGGACCUCCAGGACUUGGAAGCGAGCUUCGUCGAGCGGACCAAGAGCGAGCUUCAGGCCCGGGACGCGGCCCACGCCGAGGCCCUCGCGGGACUCCAGUCGCAGCACGACGCCAAGGUCGGCACCAUGCAGGACGGUCACGCGGCCGCGCUCGCGUCCGCGACCGAGAUGUUGGCUCUGGAAAAGGACCACGACCACAGUGCUGCGCUCGUGUCCGCGCUCCGCGCCCGAGACGACGAGCACGCUGCGAUAUUGGAGGCUCGCGAGAAGGAGCUCGCCGAGAAACACGCCGCGGCGCUCGCCGAGCAAAAGACGUCGCUCUCCAGCGCCCAUGAGGCCACGCUGGCGGACGUGCAUGGCAAGCAUGAGGAGCAGACUUCUGCCCAGAAGCAAAAGCACGAGGCAACCGUCGAGGAGACGGUCGCGCGACACGAGGAGCAGCUCGCGGCCCAGCAGCGCAAGCACGAGGCCGACCUCCAGUCGGCGACGGCGACACUCGAGGUCGACAAGGACCGCGAGCACUCGUCGCGGCUGACCGACGCCAUGAGGAGUCGCGACGACGCCCACGCCAAGGAACGCCAGGACCUGGAAGCGAGCCUCGCGGAGCGUCACAAGAACGAGCUCGCGGCGCGGGACGCCGCCCACGCCGAGGCAGUUGCGGGGCUCCAGUCGCAGCACGACAGCAAGGUCGCGUCGAUGCAGGAAGGCCACGCGGCCACUCUCGCGUCGGCGACCGAGAUGCUCGCUCUGGAGAAGGACCACGAUCAUAGCAGCGCGCUCACCAGGGCCGACCAGCACGCGACCGAGAUCGACGAGGCGCAGAAGUCGCACCAGCAGCAGCAGGACAUGCUUCGAAGCAGGCACGAGGCGGAGCUUGCGUCCGCGACGGAGAUGCUCGCCCUCGAGAAGGACAGCGCGCACAACUCGCGUCUCGUGUCCGAGCUCCGGGCUCGCGACGACGAACACGCCAAGACGAUGGAGGCUCGUGAGAAGGAGCUCGCGGAGAAGCACGCGGCACUCCUCGCGGAGCUGCGAUCGUCGCUGACGGCGGCUCACGACGCGGCCAUGGCCGAGACGCUCGGACAGCACGAGGAGCAGCGCGCGACGCAACAGCGCCGGCACGAAACGGAUCUCGAAUCCGCGAGGGAGCUCCUGGCUCUCGAGAAGGACCAGCAGCACACCACUGCGCGUGUCACGGCUCUGCGUGAGCGCGACGAGGCGCACGCGAAGGCUCUGAGCGCUCGCGAGAAGGAGCUCGCCGACAAGCACGCGGGCGCGCUCGCCGAACAGAAAGCCGGACUCGUCGGCGGACACGAGAGCGCGAUGGCCGACACCGUGGCCCGCCACGGGGACGAGCUCGCGUCGCUCGCCCGCCAGCAUCAGUCGGAGCUCGAGUCGUCGACCCGGGCCCUCGAGGUCGACAAGGACCACGAGCACGCGACGAAGCUCGCGGCCGCGCUCCGGGAGCGCGACGAGGCGCACGUCCGCGAGUGCGAGGCGCUCAAGGCGAGCCUCAAGGACCUGCACCGCAGCGAGCUCGGCUCGCGCGAGGCCGCCCACAACGUCUUCGUCGCCGACGCGCGCGAGCGCCACGAGAGCGACCUCGCGCGCCUCCGCGCGCAUCACGGCGCGGAGCUCUCCGCGGCCGCCGAGUCCGCGGCGGCCGAGAAGGAUCGCCACGCGCGGUCCGCGCUCGCCGCCCAGGGCGAGGCGCACGACGCGGCGCUCGCCGCGGCCGUCGCCGCGCGCGAGGCCGACCUCGAGGCGAGCCACGCCGCGGCGCUCGCGCGGCAGCGCGGCGCGCACGAGGCGGACGCGGAGGCCGCGGCCGCGCGCCACGCGGCGGACCGCGAGGCGUCGGCGGCGGAGCUCCGCGACGCCCACGCCGCCGCCCUCGGCGCCGAGGCGGAGAAGCACCGGUCGAUCCUCUCCGAGGCCGCGCGCGAGUACGAGGCCGCGAUCACCGCGACGCUGGCGGAGAAGGACGCGGCGCACGCGGCGCGCGUCGCGGCGCUCGAGGCCGGCGCCGUCGAGGCCCUCGCGGCGUCGCGCCUCGGCGCCGGGUCGACCCUCGCGUCGGCCGCCGUGGCGCGGUCCGCGCGCGCGCGCGUGCUCCGGAGCUUCCGCGUCUGGGGCCUCUACGCCGCGCUCGCGACGCACGCGGCCGCGCGCGAGGAGAUGCACUCGACGGCGCUCCGGUCCGCCGUGGACCACGUCGAGGGGUCCAUGGCGCGCCUCGCGGGCCUCGGCGCCCUCGGCCGCGCCGCGGACCGGUGCCGCGGCCUCGGGCUCGGCCGCGCGUGGCACGCGUGGCGGCGCGCGGCGCUCGGCGCGGGCUACGCGGCCCUCGCGGGCGGCCACCGCGCGGCGACGGUCGCCCGGGCCUGCCGCCGGCUCCGGAACCUGGGCCUGGCCGCGGCCUUUGUGUCGUGGCGCGCCGCGGGCGCGGAGGCCGCGCGCGCCGACGCCGCGCGGGCUUCGGCCGUGAAGCUCACGCGGCGCGCGCUCGCGCGCUGGACGCGCAACUGCCUGGCGCCCCGGUUCAGCAUGUGGGUCGCUAUCGUCGAAGAUGAGAAGCGGAUCGAAAAACUCCAGGCGUCGACGAUCAAGCGCAUGGAGCGGCAACUGCACCGGUGGGGCAUCGCCGGGGCGGACCGCGGCUUCAAGGCGUGGCGGUCGUUCGUCGCGGCGACUCGCUUGGAGGAGGAGAAAUCAGGCCUGGCCGAGGAGCAUCGCCGCGCGCUGUUCGGCAGAGCGUCGACGAUCAAGCGCAUGGAGCGGCAGCUGCACCGGUGGGGCAUCGCCGGGGCGGACCGCGGCUUCAAAGCGUGGCGGUCGUUCGUCGCGGCGACUCGCAUGGAGGACAAGGCGCGAGAGUCGCUCGUGGGCAAGGCGUGCCGCCGGUUCAAGAACUUGCGCCUGUCGUUGGCCUUGAGCUGGUGGCGGCACGUCGUCGCGGAGACGGCCCGCAUCGAGUCCGCGCAAUCGUCAGCGAUGAAAAUCAUGCAGCGCGCGCUCCGCCGCUGGACUUCCGCGAUGAAGCUCAUGCAGCGGGCGCUCACGCGCUGGACGCGCGACUGCCUGGCGCCUCGGUUUAGCAUGUGGGUCGCUAUCGUCGAAGAUGAGAAGCGGAUCGAGAAGCUGCAGGCUUCCACAAUAAAGCGCAUGGAGCGGCAGCUGCACCGGUGGGGCAUCGCCGGGGCGGACCGCGGCUUCCGCGCAUGGCGGUCAUUCGUCGCGGCGACUCGCAUGGAGGACAAGGCGCGAGAGUCGCUCGUGGGCAAGGCGUGCCGCCGGUUCAAGAACCUGCGCCUGUCGUUGGCCUUGAGCUGGUGGCGGCACGUCGUCGCGGAGACGGCCCGCGCGUCGACGAUCAAGCGCAUGGAGCGGCAGCUGCACCGGUGGGGCAUCGCCGGGGCGGACCGCGGCUUCAAGGCGUGGCGGUCGUUCGUCGCGGCGACUCGCUUGGAGGAGGAGAAAUCAGGCCUGGCCGAGGAGCAUCGCCGCGCGCUGUUCGGCAGAGACGCGCUGGACGCCAUCGCCGGAUCCUUCGUCGCCGGCGACGCGGGCCGCGACGAGAACCUCGUCGCCGCCGUGGCGCGCGUCUGCGCGGGCGACGCGCACGCCAAGGUCCGCGGCGCGGCCGUCGCGUGUUUGGGCGCGCUGGCGCCCGUCGUCGGCGGCCGCCACGACGCCGCGCGCGCGCUUUUCGGGCGGCUCCGGGACAAGCGCGGCGCCGCCGAGGCGCGCGCGGCGCUCGACGCGAUCGCCGCGGCGUCGCCGGAGCUCGUCUUCGAGGACGGCCUCGCGGCCGCCGUCGGCCCGUGCCUCCGGAGCGACGGCGACGACGGCAAGAAGCGGCUGCCGCCCUUUGGGCGCGCGGCGGUCCUCGACUGGCUCGCGGCGCACGCGGGCGCCGCGCGGCGCGCGAAGCCCGAGGUCGUCCGGGACUACGCGGCGCUCGCCGCCGCGGACUGCGGCGACCGCGACGCCGCGCUCCGGGGCGCCGCGGUGGAGCUCCUGGGCGCCCUCGCCGCGCGGCCCAAGGCCGACGUCGACAAGGCCUUGAAGGGCCUCGACAAGCGCGCGCGCGCCAAGGUCGACGAGCGCGCCGCGGCCGCGCGCGCGAGCCGCGCGGCGGCGCGCGGCGCGCGGCCGCCGCCCGCGAACCUGCAGACGGCCAAGGCGACGCUCGUCGCCGACGCGCCCGCGCCCGCGGCCGCGCCGCCGCCGGCGCUCGAGGGCGUGUCGCGCGCGGGCGACCUCGCGCCGCCGAAGCUGCGGGCCGCGCUGCGCGACGCCAGCGACAAGACGGCCUGGAAGCGGCGCAAGGAGGCGCUCGAGGCGCUCGUCGCCGCGUGCGCCAGGGCCGGCGGCUGGCUCGACGCGCGGGGCGACGCGGACGCGCUCGCGGUGGCCCGCGAGCUCCGGCCGCGGCUCGGCGACGCGCAGCCGAAGCUGCGGCCCCUGGCCUGCGUCGCCGCGGCCGCGUGGGUGUCGCGCGUCGGCCCGAGCCGCGACGUCGCCGCGCGCGUCGCCGCCAAGGCGGGCCUGACCAAGGCAAUGGUGUUCGCGGCGCUCGACUCGGCGCGCGGCGUCAAGGAGGCGGCUUUGGAGGCGCUCGGCGCCUGCGCCGGCGAGGCGCCGGGCAGGCCCGCCGUCGCGCGGGCGGUCGCGGAGCACGUCGCGCCGCACCUCGGCGCCGCGCUCGCGGGCGCCGCGUCGCCGGGCGCGAAGCCGGACCUCGUCGACUGGCUCGCGGCGCGCGCGCCGCUGCUCGACGCGUCCCACGGCGGCGACGUCGCGCAGCACCUCGCGGGGCCGCUCGUCGCGCUGCUCCGCGACAAGUCGAAGCGGCACCGCGACGCCGCGCGCGACGCGCUCCGCGCGCUGGCGGCCGCCGGCGCGCUCGCGCGGCCGGACCUGGACACGAGCGUGCGGGAUCUGCCGUUGGCGCAGCGCAAGCUCGUCGACGCGGCGCUGGACGUCGCGUUCGGCCGCGCGGACGCCCCCGCGGCGGCCGCCGCCGCGCCGAAGCCCGAGGUCGCCGCGCCGAAGCCCGAGGUCGUCGUCGACGCGCCCGCGGCCCUCGACGCGCUCGCCGCGGCGGCGGCGCUCCACGCGCGGCGCGCCGACGCCGUCGCCGCCAUCCUCGACGCGUUCCGCGACGACGCGCUCGACCGGCUCGGCGCGGGCCACCUCGCGAAGCUCCUCACGGUCGCGCUCCGCGACGACGACGCCUUCGUCGCGGCGCUGCGCCGCGGCGAGGCCGAGCCCUGCCUCUGCGCGGCGUCCGCCGUGCUCGACGCGGUGCCCGCGGACGCGCCCAAACUGAGCCUCGACGCGGCCAAGACCGUCGUCGUCGCCGCGCUCGACGCGCUCGGGCCGGAGACGCUCGCGGCCCUCGCGCCCCGCGACGACGGGCCCCUCGUCGCCCUCGUCCGCCUCCUCGGCGGCGGCGACGGCGGCGCGCCGCCGCCGCCGCCCGUGUCGCCGGACGGCGGCCGCGACCUCGCCGCGCUCCGGCUCCGCUGCGCGUCCGCCGCGCGCGCCGGCGGCGCGGCGCCGGCGGCCGGCGGCGCGGAGAAGGACCGCAUCGCCGCCCUCCGCCAGCGCCUCGACGCCCACCGCCCCCACGACCUCGGCGCCUACGAGGACGGCGAGGACCACAGCUACCAGCCGUUGAGCUGGCGCACGGACCCGGCGACGUCCCUGAGCGACUGGGACGUCGUCGUGACCUGGGAGGCCGACGGCGGCGGCGAGGAGACGCGCACCUACCACGUCCACAAGCAGACGCUGGCCGUGGGCCCGCGGUCCGGGGCCUACUGGGCCAAGCUCUUCGCCCGCUGGGCCGACGGCACGGCGGCGAGCGAGAUGCGGUUGGACGCGGCGGCGGCCGCGUGCGUCCCAGCCCUGCUCGACUACCAGUACGACCCGCGGGGCGCGCUCGACGUCUCCACGGCGACGGCCAUGCCGCUCCUGCACCUCGCGAGCUACCUCGGCAUGCGGAGCCUCUACGACGCCCUCGUCGCCUUCGUGCAGCGCGACCUGCGGCCCGAGACGGCCGCGGCGUACGUCGCGGCGGCGGACCGCUUCGGCCUGGACCGGUGCCGCGCGGCGGCGGUCAAGGUCUGCGCGCGGCACAUGGAGCACGCGCCGAGCCUCGAGGAGCUCGCGCCGGACCUCUUCCUCCUCGUGGCCCGCUCCGAGGAUCGGUGCUGCGCCGGCGCGGCCUUUAGCCGCCGCGUCGCGUCGUACUACCGGACGCGCGCGUCGGACCUCGAGGACCCGGGCGACUUCCUGCGGGCCAUCGGCGCGCGGUGGCCCGGCGACGCCGUCGACCCGGGCGAGGCGCUCUUCCUCCUCGGCCACGCGCUCGACCACGGCGAGGCCGACCUCGCGGAGCGGUGCGUCGCGGCGGCGUCGCGGUCCUGGGAGCGCACGCUCUUCGAGGCCGAUCCCUGCCCGGACGGCGUGGACCCGGAGAUCCUCCGGGGCGUGCCGGGCUUCCCCGACGGGGCCGCGGCGGCGGCGCCGGCGCCGCCGCCGCGCCGGCUCCUGCCCGCGGCGGCGGCCGCGCUGCCGCCGGCCGUCGAGCUCGACGUGCUCCGGCGGGCCCUGGGCCAGGCGCGCGACGACGUCGCGGACGCGCGGCGCGACGCGUCGCUCCUCGUCGACGAGCUCCGCGCCGCGAAGAGCGAGACGCGGGCGCUCCACAACUUCGUCCGCGUGCCCCUGAGCUGCCACCCGUCCAAGUUCGGCGGCGGCCUCGACCGGCCGCCGACGGCCAUGCCGCCGCACGACGCCGAGCCGGAGAACGGCUACGUCGUCACGGAGCACAGCUGGGACCUCGCGCACUGGGUCACCAAGUACUGGCCCGUCUACAUCUACAAGGAGCGCCCGGCCACCACGGCGCCGCCGUCGCCGUCGAGCCCGCGCAUCGACGACGACGAGCUCCAGGCGGAGCGCGAGCGCGAGGCCGAGGCGUCCAUGGCCCGCCUCCUCGAGGAGGCCAUGGUCGACGCGGCGCCCCUCGAGCUCCCGCCGCGCUAA